AUGCGCUGGGAGCUGACGUGUGCAUGCUGUGCUGCAGGCGGAGGAGUUCCACACGUUGCUUCAAUCCUUCCUGGGCCACCUCUCCCAGUCCGAGAAAACCCUCAAAUCCUGCAUCGUCCCUGAGGACAGCAUGCAGCGCAACCUGCAGGAGAGCAUGCAGCAGAUGCAGGAGCUGCAGCAGUCGCUGCAGUGCCAGCAGCUGGAGCUGGAUUGCAUCUCGUCGCUGGGGGAGGAGAUCCUGUCCACGUGCCACCCCGACGCCGUCGUCACCAUCAGGACGUGGCUCAGCGCUGCCAAGAGCCGCUUCCAGGAGGUGUUCAGCCUGUCCCAGCAGCUGCAGGUUGCGCUGUUGGCUCAGCAGCGCCGCAUGGAGGCGGAUCGUGACGAGCUGCUGCGGCUGCAGCUCUGGGUGGCGGCGGCCGAGGAGGCGCUGCGGGAACGCGACCUAGAACCCAUACCGGACCUAGAACCUGCGCUGAGGGAGCUCAGCAGGCAGCACCAGGAAUUCAUGGAGGAGCUGGGCCGCAUGCAGGACGACGUGGACAAGGCGACUAAAGGCUGCAGGGAGCAGAUGAUGGGAGGCAGCAACAGGACGGGGGCGGCCGCAGCAGCCCCAAAGCAGCAUUGCAUCCGCAGUGUCCUCAGAUGCAGCAUGGAUCCGCAGCUCCCGGGACGUUGCAACUUCCUGCCAGCGCUGGCAGCAAGCUGUGGCUGCGGCAUUGGAGCGGCAGUACCGGCUGGAGACAGCAAUCAGCGCCUGCAGCAGCUGGAGGCGUUCUCGCACUUUGAGUUCUCGCAGUGGCGGCGGCGCUUCCUGCACUGGAUCGCGCAGAUGAAAUCCCGCGCGCUCGACGUCUUCCGCAGCAUUGACCGCGACCAGGACGGACGCGUCAGCAUCAGGGAAUUCAUCGACUGCCUGCAGGCGUCCAGUGAGAGCAACGGGGGGAACGGGGGGCAACACACCCCAGGGGGGGUCACAGCCCCAUUGGGUGCCCCAACCCCAUUGGGUGUCCCAUCCCUACUGAGUGACCCAACCCCAUCCCGACUGGGUGAAUCAAUUCCCAUUGGGUGUCCCAUCCUAAUUGGGUGAUCCAUCCUUAUUGGG